AUGCCGCUGCCGGACGAGCUCCUCGAGGAGGUCUUCUUCCGCCUCCCCCCGGACGAGCCCGAGCACCUCGCGCGCGCCUCCCUCGUCAGCAAGGUCUGGCUCGCCCUCCUCUCCGACCCUCGCUUCCGCGACUUCCAUGGAGCUCCCCCAGUGCUGGGCUUCCUUUGUUCCUGGCGCCCCAACUCCGUCCAUGAGGUGGAGGAUAACAUCCCGCACUUCUUCCCCACCACCAAAUUCCCUGGGCGCAUUCCCGACGACGACUGGGGGUACUUCCGCUACGCUGCGUGGGACUGCCGCCAUGGCCGCGUUCUCCUCGGGGAUAUGGAUUACGAACCCGUUGCGCUCGUCGUUUGGGACCCCAUGACUGGCUGCCGGAGGGAGCUGGACCCACCUGACCAGUUGGGCACCAGCUAUGGGGCAGCGGUGCUCUGCGCCGUCGCCGGCUGUGACCACCGUGCGUGCCACGCAGGCCCCUUCAAGGUGGUCUUCAUCGCUGUGGACAGGAUGGAAGAUGAACGUCUUGUGCGCGCGUGUGUGUCCUUGCCGGGGGCGGGUGAUUGGAGCAAGCCGUGCUCUGGUCUUCAUCUUGAGCCCAUUCCACUCUGGGACGAAAUGGCCCCAGUCUUCGUGGAAGACGCAGUUUACGUCAAGCUCAUGUACAAGGAAGAUGAUCUUAAUAACAGUUUGGGGUUUGCACAUGUGCACAAGGAAGAGUGA